AAUAGUAAUAAUAGAGACAAAAGAGACCGAAUUAUUUAUUUUCACUAACAAAUCGAAUGUUUAUUUGUUUUGAUUGAUUGUAUGUUUGAAACAAAACAACAAAAUAAAUAACAAUUACUUUAAUCGACUGAUUGUUUGUUUGUUUUUAUCGUUCAAUUGAUUGACAAUAAGUGUCAAAAAAAUUUGUGAUAUUAUUAUUGAAAGACAAGAAUCAGUUUAUUUUUUUGUGACCAAUGAUGUCAUAUCUGGCAAAGAGGGCCCGAAUCGAGUCCGUCGACGAUCAUAAAAACGGCGCCGCAGUCGGUGGCCAACACUCGGCCGCAACCGUCGACCACAAGGAACAGCUUUUGCUUCACAUUCACGAACUAUAUCUACGCAAAGAUUUCGCUGAUAUUGAGUUUAUCUUCGGACCGGACACUGUCUACGGCCAUAAAUGUAUUCUCGCCGUAAACAGCAAAUGGCGUCAUCUGUUAAGCGAUGAAAGCCGUGUCGAUAUGGAGGACACACCGAUUGUUGCGUUCAAAGAACUACUACGCUAUCUAUACACCGGUCAACUCGAUCUCGAAGACUACGAACCGGAUAUGUUGUCUGAAAUCCGUCAAUUGGCCGAACGCUUCGAUAUGGAUGAACUGUUGCGUCCGAUAGAGGACAGAGAAAGUCUGACCAUUGAUAUGAAUAAUUGCGUACAAAUUUUCGGCGAGAAUGAGGUAGACUCGCAACUCGGCCGCCAAUGUUUGGCAUUUAUAGCGCACAACACUCAGGAUAUCUUCUACGCCGACGACUUCUACGAACUCGAUGUCGACCACAUCGUUGCUGUUUUCAAUUCAAACGAUCUAAAUGUGACGGAACAGCUGGUCUUUGAAGCCGCUAAGCGAUACAUCUCCGGCAGUGGUGCUCGCGAUGUGGAUAAGCGUCGAGUGUUGAGUGCCGUCCGCUUCUCUCUAUUGCCAUACGACUACAUCUGGACAACAGUUCGUCGAUUUUUUGAAGAGAAAAAGUUGAUGUCUUUCGAUGAAUUGAGUGCUAUGUCUGCGGCCAAAGCUAAGCUCACUGACCAUAAGCCAGAGGUCAGAAAUCGCGCACAUUGUUUGACCAGCGGUGCCGAUGUGGUUGCUUUGAGAGGCAAAUACGAGUUAUCCACACGUGUAUUGCGUGGAAAAAUUGGCGAUUUGGGAGAGGAAGCCAAUACUCUUGAGUUAGAUCUUGGAUUGUAUUAUCUGGUCAAUGGUUUUGGUGUUUGGAUGGGAAGUUCAACCAAAGCCCGAUUUGCAUUCAAAAUGGAGACAUCACUGGAUGGCCGACUGUGGCAAACACUGUAUGACUUUACCAAAUACCAUACGAGCAAUAAACUUGAACUGACUUUUGAUCCAUUGGUGUUACGUUACAUACGUGUCUCAGAGAUGACCAGUUAUGCCGAUUGGGCUGAAAAUCGUAAAGAGUUAGUGGCAAAACCAAUACGUCGUUUGAUGAAUAUUGUCGGCGCUUAUCAAGAGCCGACGGGUGUUGUCCGACUACGGGAACAUCUCUUGUCAUCAAAAUAUCUAUUUCAAGAUAUGGCCUGCGAUUUCAUCUACAAGUCUUGGUAUAAGAAGAAUAACAAAAAUUUUUACGUCUGUGCAUUCAAUGACCCAAUUGUUUGCAUACUAUCACAACCGGUAUGGAUGGACACCAUUAGUCUGUCGCUACCCGACGAUGAAGAGGAACGCGAGUAUAACUUUUUAGUUGAGAUCAGUGCCGAUCCGGAAGUACAGUUAACAGCCAGCAGUACUUCCAAUAAGACAAGUAAUAACACUGGGAGUCGGGAGUCGUCACGUCGUGGCGGCGACAAAGUGGCACCGCUUAGACCCACUACAGCCAAACGAGUCACUCACUGGCUUACAGUCGGCGACUUUCGCGAUGAGGGCCGCAAAGGGGAUGUGGAGGUGACGUUUGAGCCAACGAUUGUAAAUGUCUUUCGUAUUACUGGUACUAAUGUCCAGAACUCGAAGGAUAAGAUUAAACAGUUUGCCGUUGAAAUACGUCUCUAGUAAUCGACGGACGUAUUAAUUGGCAAUCAUUUCUCAUACUUUACCGAACUCUACGGGACAUUAUAUUUGAUUCAAUUAAAUUUUAUGUCCACAGAAUCGGUAAUUUAUAUAU